GAACAUCGUAACUUUUUCAUCUUUUCCCAUAAAAAGCCAAUUCCUUUUCAACGACCAGACAGAAUCUCUGGUUCCACACUCUAGUCAAGUCAAGGGUCGGCUUGAAUCUUGCGUCUUUUGGAUCCCAGUCGCCUCUUGACUUACCCUCAUUGAAAUCGUUUCCCUCUCCGAUUCGGGUUUCCUCUUCCGUCUUCGAUUUCGCCCAAGUUCGUGUUCGACUUCUCGAUUGAAUUCCUUUUUUUCUCUUCAGCUGAUUUCGGUUUCCUUUGGUGGGUUCGCCCAUGAUGUCGUUGGCUUGCCGGAAUCUUGAUUUUGCCGCGAGCGUUCUCGAUCUUGUCGGGCGUUCGAAGACUGUUUCCAAUCUCAGCGGAAGUAGAACAGGUUCGACUGGUCGGAAAUUGAUUUGCUUUGGAAGAAAUGGUCGUAGCAGUUGUCGCGCCUCCUCCACAAACGCCCCAGAGAUGUUGACAAACGGAGUUGAUCAAAGUGGUCUACUGAAUUUGAAUAAAGAGGCAAAGAAGCCGAUUCCUUUGGCCAACUUGUUCAAAGUCGUGGCUGAUGAUCUAGAGACUCUGAACCAGAAUCUUCUUGAUAUUGUCGGUGCAGAAAACCCGGUUUUGAUGUCUGCAGCCGAGCAGGUAUUCGGGGCUGGUGGUAAGAGAAUAAGACCGGCUCUUGUUUUCCUGGUUUCGAGAGCCACAUCAGAAUUAUCCGGGUUGAUUGAACUCAGGCAGAAACACAAGCGUUUAGCUGAGAUCGUGGAAAUGAUCCAUACCGCGAGUUUGAUUCAUGACGACGUGUUGGACGAAAGUGACAUGAGAAGAGGAAGGGAGACCGUACACCAGAUUUACGGUACAAGAGUGGCCGUCCUGGCAGGCGAUUUCCUGUUCGCUCAAUCUUCUUGGCGCCUUGCAAAUCUUGAGAACCUUGAAGUCAUUAAACUCAUUAGCCAGGUCAUCAAGGAUUUCGCUAGCGGUGAGAUAAAGCAAGCGACAAGAUCAUUUGACUGUGAUCUUGAACUAGAAGAGUAUCUGCUCAAGAGUUACUACAAGACAGCCUCCUUAGUAGCUGCCAGCUUAAAAGGAGCUGCAAUCUUCAGCCGGGUUGAUCAGGACAUCAUUGAACAGAUGUUCCAGUUCGGUAAAAACCUCGGUCUUUCCUUCCAGAUAGUCGAUGACAUUCUUGAUUUCACACAAUCCUCCGACCAGCUGGGAAAACCAGCUGCUAGUGACCUUGUAAAAGGCAAUCUCACCGCCCCCGUGAUCUUUGCUCUCAGAGAAGAGCCAAGGCUACGGGAAAUUAUCGAAACAGAGUUCUGUGAAGAAGGGUCACUAGAUGAUGCCAUUGAACUGGUCAAGAAAUCAGGGGGUAUCGAUAAAGCUCGUGACUUGGCUACAGAAAAAGCUGAUCUCGCCAUUCAAAACCUCCAUCGUCUUCCUCGGAGCGUAUACAGGUUGGCUCUUGAAGAUAUGGUCAUGUUUAAUCUCGAAAGAAUCGAUUAGUUUCCGAGUAAAACCCGAAGGUGAGAUCUUUUCGGGAAGGGUCUCAGAGAAAAAGCUUAAAGUUCAAGCCUUUGCUUCAGCGACAGAACACACAUUCUUCAACACACCAUAGAUUAUUUAUAGGGUGAUGUCUUUAUGUUUAUUGACUCUUUUUCAAAUACAGAUGUUUCACUUUUCAAUGUUAAGUUCUUGAUUACAGAAACUUGCACAAUUAUCUUUGUUAACCACUAUAAAGAUCGAGACCAAGUCCCAGUUUUUGGGAUAUA